AAAAAUCUGGCCAUGUCCUUGCUGUUUAACAUAAACAGUUCUUUUAAAAUUUUGAGUUUGCCCAUGUGCCAUUGUUAUAGAACUUAGCCAUUGCCGUGUGUGAUUACUCCCAAAAUGACUGAUAAGCCUCCGCCUGGUAUACCACCUCUCUUACCACCAGGAUCAUACCCAAGACCACCAGUCCCUUUUCCACCUAGUAUGCAGUGUAUCCCACCCUACCCCAUCUCUGUACGACAGAGAUACCCACAGUUUCCUGUUCCCCAGUGUAUCGUUUCCCCUCAGUAUGCCAUUUUAGGUUGUCCUCCUUUUUUAAAUUCAAAUCAUGGGGCUGACAAGCAGAUGGUUUCUAUGCCACCAACACAGAUGGUAGACUUUGAUGCUGGAAAAGCACCUCAGUUGGCAAAUGAUCAAAACCAGAACAAAAGGAGAAGUACACAUCAAGAUAUGGAUUUUGGUGAGGUGUUUUGUAAAAUAGCUAAAGACCAUGGACUUACUGUUGAAAUAGAUGCUAAAGAGGUAGAGAAGUCUAAUAAAGCGAAAUCCACCUUAAAUCCAUCAACUCCGGAAUUCAAGCCUUCCACUUGUUCCAGACUAAAUCCAGAUGGGAAAAAUUGCCCAUCGCCUGAAGUGCAGGCAUCUUCAAAGACUAGUCUUGCUCCAGAGGUCAAGCCUCUCACAUUAAAUCCAGAGGAUAAAAAAUGUGUUACUACUUCUUCAGGUAGUUCAAAGGACAAGCCAUCCCUAUUAAACUCAGAAGUUGAAAAAUCUCAACUCACGCCUGACACAGCCUCUGUAGCUGGUCUUGGUUCACAGGACAAGCCAGAAGUUAACCCAGAAGACAACGAAUGUCCUACCACUGCUUCAGUAAGUCAAGACAACACUCCAGUACCCACAAUCAACACAGAAGUUGAAAAGUGUCAACCGUCUUCUAAUACAGCCACAGGAGCUAGCCUUGGUCAAGAUGGCAAGUCAUCCACACUGAAUCCAGAAGCUAAAACAUGCCCAACCACUGCUGUAGUGGGUUCAGAGGACAAACCACCCACUAAAAUCCCAGAGAUUAAAAAGUGUCAAUUCUUAUCUCUCUCAGCUUCCGGAACAAGUUCAGAGGUCAAGCCUCCUCCCACGUCAAACUCGGAAAUAAAAAAAUGCCCUUAUUCCACCACAUCAGGAACUUGUCUUGCACCCCCGUCUUUAAAGAAAUUCAUCAGCAAGCCUAGUGUGGUAAACUGUAAGCUUCCCCCAAAGCCUGAAGUACACAGCAGUGACAAACAGCCAGUAAGUAAAUGCCUUAAAGAUGCUGAGGUGCAGACAGAGGAGUGUGACAACAGGAAAUAUUGCUUUGCUUGUUACAAACAACUGAUGGCUGAUGAAGAUGACAACUUCAUUAAGGCUAUUUAUUCUUCCAAUAAGGUUGAUGAUGGUUCUAAACAAGCAAAAGAUGUGAAGCCUUCCUCUGGAAGACAGCAGGAGUCUGAUGCCAGGGUAACUCUUCCACCAGUUCAAAGUGAAGCAGACCCUCUUCCUAAAGAAACCCUUAGUACUCUGAACAAGGGCAAAAGUUCCAGGGAGGACACAGCAAGCAGCAACAUUCCAAGUUCAGCCAUAAAAACAGUGGUAACCAGCUGCUGCUGUGUAAGUAAGAGAACUGCUGUAGAAGUUAAAAAUGUGGAUCUUCUACUGAGUGAUUCAGGCGACACGGUGGCUCAAGCUGCCAGGGUUGAGAGUGUUACCAAAGAACACCUUGAUCACAUUCGAGCUGAUGCUGAUGAGGUUGUCGGUGCAAGUUUAAACAAGAGAGAGAAGAAUAUUCAGCAAACAUCACACAAACCAGACAGCUCGUCACAAAAUAUUCCCAAAAGUAAGGUUACCCUAAGUGUGGGGAAAGAUAAUGAGAAAGCCCUUGAGGCUUCUCACCAGCAAAGAGAUACAGAAAAUGUAGUCACUGAAUCAAGUGGAAGCUUUGGCGUAGUAAAAGAAAAAAGUCAAGUCAGCAAAACCAGUGCACCACCACCCCCACCACAAUUAACACUAGGAGCCCCAAGAGCCCUAUCAAGAUUUCUUCAGGGUAAAAGUUCUAGCGUGAAGAAGUCUGAGCUUAUAUUACCCUCUUCAAGUCUGUCUUCUGACAGUUCGUCCGAUGGUAAACCUGCAUCAUCUGUUGUCCUAGAGCCAACCUUGGCAGCAGAGGCUGUUGAUAAAAGAGAUUUGUUGAGCAGUGCUAAAAAUGUGGUUACACCCUCAGUGUUGAAGUUCAACAAACUACUGCAAAAAGCUGGGGAUGAGAGUAUGUCUUCAUUACCUCAAACCAGGUCUUGUCUUACUAGUCAUUUAAUAAAAAGAGACCUGAACAAGACAGACAUGUGUCCAGAUUUUCCUAAGUCUGAGAAAUCAGUUGAUUUAGGAAAUUCAACCCUGCCAACUGGGAAGAAAGUAGAUACUGUUCCUUUAACAUCUAGGGAAACAGCUUCUUUCCCUUCCCAGCAGAAGUUACUACAAAAGUCUACUGAGAAAGUGUUGAGUGAUGCCACGUCUCUGAACAAAUUAAAAUCAGCAAACUUGGGAGACCCCCAACUAGAGCAGCAGCAAAGUGUGAAAGAUUUUCCUUCCUUGAAUUCCAUUAGUUCCGCACAGACAUGCCGUACGCAGUCUGCCAAGAAACUCGGUGCUGAAUCGCUCACAGAAAGUUCUGACAUUGAAAAUUUGUUGCUACUUGCUAACCGGGUACCUUUCUCGCAAGUGACAGCCAACAGUAACUUAACUGCUUGUGGUGAUGCUGUUGCUUCUGGAUUAAGUCUGGAUAACUUAUUGCCUAAUUAUGCCAACACUCUAAAGGACUAUCAGGCUAAUCCUUUCCAGGCUAAUCCUUUGGUUGGUAACUCAUUCAAUGUGUCUCAGCAGCCUGAAAGCUCUUCUUUAAACUUACAGCAACAAAGCUUGUACAACUCAUCGAUCAGAAGUUUACUACAGCUUCAGGCUCAGCAGAAGGCAGAAGACCUGCUCAAGCUACAAAAUCUUUACCUGCAGUCAAUGCUGAGUUACCAAAAUUACCAAUUGCCAGGUAGUAAUUUACCAGGUGGUAAUUUACCAGGUGUAGCUAACUGUGAAAGUCUAAGCUCUUUAGCCAGUAAAGGUGGCAUUAGUCAUGUUGGUCUCCCACUUGAAACAAAACCUGAUGAAAUGAAUGCCUUUGCUUCGCUCGCCAGCGCGGAAGAAAACUCUGUGUUAAAAAAAUCCAGUACUCAGAACCCAAGUUCCAAAGUAGUGAAAAAAAUGCCACCUCUAGACUUGCGACCAAAAAAACAGGCAAAUAAAAGCAAACAGUCUGACACUGAAUCUACCGAUGGUACAAAGUCAUAUAGUAAGGCUCCAGGUUUCACUCUGCCAAAAAAUGAUCAGCCAACCAACUAUAUGACAAGCCAAACUUAUUCAGGGGUUAACUGCUCUAAAAAUACUUCUGAUUUCAGUUUGGUCAGUGACUAUUGUAAGGACCCGGAAGAUAGUUUCAUCUCUUCACACGGAAGUACUUUUUCUACCAUACAGGAUGCUAUGAGGACGUGCACUGAUAAUGAACAAAAACAUUCCAUGAAUAAGGUUAUUUUAGAUCUAAAGUCUUCGACCAGUUAUGCCUCAAUUGUGAAAUCUCCUGAUAAAGAGAAGAAAGUGCAUGGUUACCCCCAAGACAAGUUGAGCACGGGUAAAAUAGCCAGCACACAACUCAGCAACCAGCCUUUGGUGCAGCCCCAGCAAUAUCAUGCUGAAAAAAGCAAUGCACAGUCCAACAACCAGCCAUUUUUACAACCCCUGCCAUCUGACAGAACUUACGUACAACCCAGCAACCACUCAUUCAUACCACCCAUAUUAUCUGACAGAACCAAUGCACAACCCAGCAACCACUCAUUCACACAACCCUUACUAUCUGACAGAACUACUGCACAACCCAGCAAAAAAUCAUUGGUGCAACCCCUACUAAGUGACAGAACUAAUGCUGAACUCCUAACAACUUCAGACAUCCAGCUUACUCGAGAAGCCUCAAGUGCCAAAUCAAUCAAACCAUUAAUGCCUUGUUCAGACUCCUCUUCUACAUACUCAUCAAAGUCUCACUUUCCCAAUCCAAUGAAUGAUACCCAGACAAAGAAAGGGGCUCCAUCGCUAAAUGACUUGCAUUUUAUGGAUGCCUUUGGCAGGGAUGAAACAGAUCAAACACAGUUUAAUAUCAGUGAUUCUCCGACUUUUGAAAGCACAAUACCUUAUAAGAAAAAUGAACCGAGACCUGACACCAAGGAUUUCACAGAGCCUUUGUUAGAUAGUUUGUAUUCUGCCGUCAAGGCUAAAAAAACACCAGAAUUAGAGGUAUCUAAAUCCCAUUAUUUUAGAAGUGUUGCAACUGUCAAGCAGUGGAACACAGCUGAGGCUGACCAAUGUUACUUGAAGAGUUCCUGGGAGCACAGAGAGAAGUCCUUGUCUCGUGAGCCCUUGAGUGAAAAAUCCAGCAUUUCCAGCAUCACUGAAUGGGAAGAUCUGUACUCCACAACCUCAAGCAACAGCAAUGUGGAUGAGCCAAAGAAUUAUCCUGUUGGAAAAUAUUCAGAUCUUGGAAUUGAUGGGUCCAGUGUUAAAGCCAGCACCUCCAGCUGUUAUGGAUUAGAUGAAAUUAAACUCAAGGAUGAAUCAGAUGUUAAACUGGAGAAAAAGGAUGAAGAUGCUAAAGACAAAUGGAAAAUAAUGACAAAGAAGCAAGCUACAUCCCUUGAGCACUCACUAAUAGAUUUUAGAUUACAAGAAAAAUAUACCAACCUGACCAAUCGAAUUCAAGAAACUUACCCUUCUCUAACCAAAGCUGAGGCCCGUGAGGUACUGGAGAAUGUUUACUCAGCAACCAAUGGAUUAAAAGGUUACAGACAACACCAGAUACUGGCUGAGGUUGACAUGGCCAUCAAGGAAAUGUUUCCUAACAAGCUGGAGAAAAAGAAGUCAAGCAUGUCAUUUAAGGAAGAGCAGUAUAACAGUGGAUCAGGCGGGCCUCGAAAAGAGGCUAGCCGUGAGGAAAAUAGCAUGAACAAUGAUGUGUCUGACUACAAUUGUACCUUUGUAGCAACCAGAUCUAGCCCAAGUGUCAGUGACAUUGACAGUGACAGCAGCGAGGAGAUGGAAGAUGCUGUGGAGGCUGACGCUGAGGUAAACGAUGAGGAAGAGUUUGUACCUACUUUACCUGAACCUGUUAGCUCUCAGUUUGUUCCUAGUUUAUCUGACUCUGACAGCUAUCAGGAGCCGUUUGUAAAUGAUUUACCUGAGCCUGAGUACCCACAGGAGCAGGAAGAUACUUUACCUGAACCUGAUAGCUUUCCCUCUGAGGGAAUGGUAUCUAAUGAUACAAAGAAAGCCAAUUGUAUUCUUCAGUGACUGUUUAUUUUAUUUAAAAAAAAUUCUUUUCUGUUGUUUUAUUUGUUUACUAAAUAAUAUUUUAACAAUCUUUGUUAUACCUGUGUCAUAAACUAUUAAAUAUUUUGAUAAUAUGAACACUCUCCUGCCUAAAAAUAAUUUUCUUCUUGUAUACAUUUUAUGUGGCCUAGGGACAAUAUUGACCAGAUAGAAAAUCUUUUUUGUGAUUUUUAUAAUUGUAAAAGCUGAAUAUGAUAUAUUGCUUUAUAACAUUUGAAAAAAAAAAUAGGAACCAAAUACUAAACUGUUUUAGUAGCAUCUCACGUUUUUAGUUUAAACAGAAUUAUUAAAGCAAUUCUUUCAAGAUCAAGACUAGAUUAAAGAUAGGCAGUAGAGUGUGAUGGUUACUGUAAAAUCAGUUAAAAUACCAGUGAUAAAUAAUAACACGUAAUUUGGUUAAGUUGGUAAUUGUUACAUAAAUUUUUUAAUAUAAACAUCUGAUUCUACCAAGACUUCUAUAUAUGAUAAUAAUUAGGAAAAUGUUUUAAAUAUUUACUGUUAACAGCUUAUUGUUAAUGCAUGCUUUUAACUAUAGAUUAUAAAAUUUAUACAUUACAUAGCUUAUAAAAUGCAUACAUUAAAAUUUAUUUAUCUUUAAUUGUUCAGUUCUAUUAGGCCUAGCUUUUUUAGGCAAAUGUGGUUAAUUUAGGAAUACUACGGUUUCUAUUUGCAUUG